GUUGAUUUUUUUCACUGUAAUAUUCCGAAGAUGACACGAGCCAAACCUGAGGAUGAUGAGUACUGGAACAGCUCCAAAUUCAAAGCCUUCACCUUCGAUGAUGAAGACGAUGAGUUUUCACGGCUGAAAGAGUCCAAACGGGCAGUGAACAGCAUCCUGGUGGAUGAUGAUGAUGAUGAAGACGAUGUUGAGAAAGUGAGCUGGAGCGGGGAACCUGUGGGAAGCAUCUCUUGGUCAGUGAGGGAAACUGCCUCCAGUAUCCGCUCUGGGAGUGAGCAGAACUUUCCCAAAAUCGAUACCGCCCCUUCACUGUCCAAACAGGGCUCUGGAUACUCCCUGAGCUCGCUGUUUAAAGCCAAGAGCAAACCUACUGCUUUCCAGUCCUUCUCCGAAUCUUUUAGUGAAACAUCUGCUAGAACAUACGCACCUGAGCUGAGGAAGCCCAAGUCUGAUGGAAAGGAUUUUGUGAGUGACCUGAGUCCAGAGGAAACCAUUAGGAGAAUGCAGAAAGGACGGGCUUUUUCUAUGGAAAAGUUCCGCUCUCUGCAGGACAAGCUUCUGCUGCUGGAUGAAGCCGUUUCUGUUUAUGAUGGCAAUGUCAUCACUGCUGUCUUGAUAUAUUUAAAAAAGUCAUUAAGUAAAGAAAUCCUCUUUCGAGAGUUAAUGCCGAGAGAAGUGGCUUUACGUCAUUACAUCCACUAUUUGAAAGAGAUGGGAGAGCAAAAGCUGUUGGUGGAGUUACUGAAGGCUCUUGGCAGGACAGAAGAUAUGGCGUUAAUGCAAUACAAAGAGCACUUGAAUAUUAAGGAUGAAGGCAGAAGAAGAGACUUUCUCAAAAGUUGCCUCAGCCUUCCCUUUUCUCAAGACGAUUCCACUCAUGUUCAAGAUCACUAUACCCUCCUUGAAAGGCAAAUAAUCAUUGAGGCUAGUGACAAGAAGGCAGAUACAGACAUCUUUAAAAAGUUCCCCAGAAAAGCGUCCAUCCUUAAUAUGCCAAUCAUCACCACUCUGUAUUACUCCUGCUUCUACCAUUACGGAGAGCCAGAGGGAACUUUUAGCAGCCCUUCGAACAUUAGAAAAACCUUCAGGAUUUCAGAAAAGCAGUACAUUACCACAGCUCUUGGUGCGAGAGCAAAGUUGAAAUCGUGGUUUGAUGUGGAUAGUCUGUUUAACACCAAGAACUGGCUGGGCUACACCAAAAAAAGAUCUCCCAUCGCCUUUCACAGAGUGGUGGACAUCCUGCAAAAGAACAGUGCCCCUGUGCAGGUGCUGCAGGAGUAUGUGAACCUCAUCGAUGACCCAGAACUCAAGCUCAGUGUGGCGCUCAAAUAUAAAUGCCAUGACAUCAUCAUCAAUACAUACAGAGACCUAAAGGAUCGACAGCAGCUGAUAGUGUACAGAGAAAAGCUAGAGCGAGACUCACCUGAAUACAGGAAGAUUCAGGAACUCCUCAACAACGGGCAAAUCAGAUGGAAAAACUGACACAAGUCUUAAAUGAGGCAGUGGUUGAAAAGUAUUGUGUCAAAACUCUCUCAGAGACGAUAUUACACACUAUCAAGCUGCUCAAUAUGGAGACGGUUUUAGGAUUAAACCUGGACAUCCUUCAGAAAUUUCAAAGAAUCAUCACGAGGAGUCAUUCUGGAGUGAUUCGUUCGCAAGUGUGAUUGAACUGCCAAGUGUCCUUCUGCCAACUCUACAGGUGAACAUUCAUAAUGAAACAAGGGAGGCUGUUGGUGGUUACUUUCGUGAUCAACAUGAAAUUCAGUUUUGUUUGCCCAUGUGUACAUUAUUGAGCAUUCCACAUCAUUUUUUAUAUUAAAUAAUAUAAAACAC